AUGAGACGCACCACGCCUCAGUCCGGGGAGCGUCCUUCCAGCCGCCAGGCAACAGCGGCGACAGCAUCUUCACGAAUGCGCGCAAGCACCUCGGCAUUACCUCGCGCACCGCAAUUUACGAGGAUUGCGUCGUUCCGCGCAAGCACACAGGCGACCGGUAACACUCUAGCUGGUGUCAACUCAAAUCGACGACCUUCGUCCCAGCGCAGCCCCAGCCAGGCCGAAUCAACACGGCCGAGUUCUCGUGAUAGCAUCAAAGAGAACCUCGCCCCGCCAGAUGCCGACGAAUAUGAAAAAUAUAGACGAGAGAUUGAGUCUCUCAAGGCCGAGAUUGGCACGCUGCAGUACCGCAUGCAAACAGCCGACUCGGAAAAGGAAAUCGCCCUUUCACAACAGAACAACAAGGUUGAGCAGGCGAGAAGGCGAGAGCAAGAUGAAUCGCAGAAACGCCAGAUUGCAGAAGCUGCACAAAGUCGGCUGGAGGCACAGCUUGAGGAAAUGCGUUCCGAGCUCGACGGCUUGAAGGACGGAAGCGAACAGUCAACCAAGGACAUGGAGCGCAAGUACCGCGCUGCCCAGAACGAAGCCAGUCUUGCCCAAGAGGAGCUGCAAGACAUGAUGAUCGCCAGGGAUGAUGCGGAGCGAAUCAGCAAAAAGAAGCUCACUGACCUCGAAACACAAUUGUCGGCACUUCAACGAGCGACCAAGGACUACGACCACGACAGCCACGCACGCGACGAGAUCAUUCAACAGACCCAAGCCCAGGUGGCUGAGCGUGAUUCGCAGAUCGCAAAUCUCGAAGCUGACGUGCUGCGUCUCAAAGCGCAGGCCGGUGACGCCGACACCAUGCUGGCCAUCAAACGGGAGCUGUCUGAGCAGGUGCAACAUAUUCGAGCCCUGGAAAGCACCAACCGUGACCAGCUGUCCGAGCUCAAGCACCUACGGUCUGUCAAUAAGGCAGUUGAGGUCGUAGAGGAAGAAAAGAGGACCCUACAACGCAGAGUGGAGGCUGCGGAACUUCUCGAGGCUGAAUUGGCUGAAGCUAGGCUACAAAGACAGCGCCUUGAAGAUGAAAGACGCUCAUGGGCAUCAUACUUGGAAAGCUCGACUGGCUUCGAAGGUGUCAAGUUUGACUCCCCAGAAGCCAUGGCGCGAGCAUUAGCAGAGGAGCGCUAUACUACGGCAAACUAUGUCGAUCAGGUUGGCGCUCUGCGUGGCGAAAUCAAUGCCUUGCAAAACACCAUCCAGUCAAACGAGCAGGAAAGAAAAGGGCUGCAAGAAGAGCUGGCAAAUGCGAAAGCGUCGGUCACUGCCUCCUCGGCAGACAAGACACGCAUGCGUCUCGAGCGGCAGAAGGCUCUCGCGCUCAAGGAGGUCGAAUACUUGCGCGCUCAGCUGAAAGCCUUUGAUACAGAAGAUCAGACCAUGCAACCAGAGCAGUUUGACGAGGUCCGCGUUAGCCGCGUCCAGGAACUCGAAGCUCUAGUAGACAACUAUAAGUCUGAGCUGGAAACUGUGCAUGCUCAGCUUUCCUCCACCGAGCCGGCUCCUGUCACACCAACAACGCCACAGCCGCUGGCGGGAUCCAAGCGCUCCCACGCUAGCAAUGACAACAGCGAGCAGCUCGGACAGCUGACGCGCAAGAACCGCAGCCUGCAGGAAGAGCUCGCUAGCUUGCAGACCAAGCUAGCCAUGCAAGAAAAAGAGCUCAGUGUCAGCCGCGAGCAGCUCACAGUAGCUAAAUCGCGGGGCCAGACGCGCGUGCUCUCGCUCCGCUCCAACCCGACAGCGGACCACGAGGCUAUCAAGCGCGCGACGCUCGAGGCGCUGCGGAAGGAAAACAAGGACCUCCUCGCGACGCUCAAGUCUAAGCAUGGCAAGGCUACGACAGUGGCCUACAUUCCAACGUCCGUACUCGGUGCCAUGGAGCGUGAAAUCGCCGCCGCCAAGGCCGAGACGGCGUCGGCGCAGAAGUCCGCGCGCCGCCUGAAGGAAGUCUGGGGCAGCAAGUCGCACGAAUUCAAAGAGGCCAUUUUCUCGACACUGGGAUGGACGGUGACCUUCAUCCCUAACGGCAAGAUGCGCGUUGAAAGCACCUUUUACCCGUCCAAGACCGACGAGCACGAGAACUCGAUCGUCUUUGACGGCGAGCGCGGCACCAUGAAAGUCGGAGGCGGACCCAAGAGCCAGUUUGCACAGCGCAUCGCUGACCAGAUCGGCUUCUGGGUCCGCGAAAAGGGGUGCAUCCCUGGGUUCCUGGCUGCGCUGACGCUGGAGUUUUACGAGGAGCAUAACAGCAACAAAGAGCAGCAGCAGCAGUAG